AUGACGAUGAGUAUCGACUUCUUGCAGGAAGGGGAUCGGAAAAAGACUUGCCUUGAUUUGAGUGAAUUAUCAUUUCUUUUGUUAGAGGUUCGGAUAGAAUUGAAGCUAGUUGCACGGCGCUUCUUGCCCAUAGAACGUGCACGACUGAUUUGGGCCUACUUUCUCACACCGAAGCUACUGACUCAAGUUAAUGAGUGGGGAGGUGUGGGUCGUUUUGUGCGUACACGACUUAACCUUCCGAAAUGGAUUAACUGCUUUGAAGUAUCAAGCUGGGUCCAACCUCAAUACCCAACUGAUUGA